AUGCCCGGGAACCUGGGCGUCUAUGCGACCGAGUCGCUUUCAGCGGCCUCGGCGCCAGAGAGCGCAUACACGGCCAUGGGGGAGAUGUCUCGGCAGCGUGCCGGGCAGUGGCGGGAGCAGCACGGGCUCCUCAGCGAUAGCGACUUUGCCUUCAGCUUCCAGAGCUACGAGGAGGCUAUGGCUCAGGCUGGGACCUUGGUUUCCGAAGAGUGGGCCGCGGUACGGGCCACUUCGUCUUCGGGGCUCUAUGGGGCUGUCGCUUCUGCCUUGGAAUCGGCGAGCCCCGACCCGAAGCCGGCCGUGCGACGGCCUUCUUCGUUCCGGCUGCGUGUGGCAGCAAAGGGCAGAGUGGUCAGAAAGCAGCCGGCCGCUCCGAAGGAGGAGGCUAAGCCAUCUGAUGACCACGUGGAGGCCUUGACGGAAGCUCUUUACUGCCUCGGCUCCAUGCGCCCACGGGGCGAUCUGACAGUUGGUCUGGAACGCGAAUGGCGUGCGGCCCUUCAGCGGAAGGCCGAGGCAAAGGCCCGCGAGGCGGAGGCUGCUACCGUGCGAGGGGCCCUCCUUACCUUUUCUGAGCUCCAGAUUCACAUGACGGAUCGUGGGCGCGCCUUUCCGCCGGAUGGGGUGGAUCUGGAUGCAUUCUUGUAUGGGGGCACGGCGGCGCAAUCCCGUGCACUGGCUGGGCUGCGAUGGUUGGUGAAGGCCGGCCAGCUGGAGCAUGACCUCUCUGCCUAUGACUUCCGAGGGCAGCCCAAUAGGGAACCGAAGCACGCGGCAGUGGCCGAGCCGCCCAUGCUGGAGCAGCUGCAGACCAGGAUUGAGCAGCUCUACAACAGCAACAACCCUCAGUGGCGGGCUGUACUUGGGUUGUGCGUGCUGCUUUGGGGUGCUCCGCCUCACACACGUGGCUCGGUCUUCCCCGAGACGGCUAUCGAGGUCCACCUUCCACUUCCACUGCUCCAAGAUUGGCGCGCCCUCCCUGUGCUCUCCCGUCAGAAUGCGGGCAUCAACUUCAAUGAGUUUGGUGCCGCCCAGGUCAGCACGUACAGCUUCCGGAGAGUGGGCCCUUCUUUCGCUACGUUGGCUGGCUGGUCCCCCCAGCAGCAGUUGUCGCUGGGGGACUGGCAGGAUGGCACCCGCCUGCGCCAGGAGGGCAAUUCCAUGCCCCUUCGGUACGCCAGCACUCGUUACACGGCGUCAGUGCGACGCAAGCAUUGCCUCAUCAACGCUGUUGCUGGCUUGGUGCGCUUUACUUCCUGGGAUGAGGUUACUCAGGAGGCCUUGGAGGCUGCCGAGCGGGACGGUGCCCUGGGUAUGGACAGAGCCGUUCAGAAGGACAACCACACGCUGUGGCGAGAUCCAGCCACGGUUUCGGCUGCCAGCUGCGGUGCCGGUGCCUGCGGCAGCUGCCGCCAUGAUGCCGCGGCAGAUUGGGGGCGGGCCAUUGCCGGCAUCAGCGCGAUGAGUGCUCUGGCGGCCGACACCGCUGCGCCAUUCUUCUGCAGUCGGGGAGGGACGGGGACACGUGCCAAGGCCGGCGCAGUGGUCUUGAAGCCCAAGGCGAAGACGAUCCAGGUCAAGGCCAUGCCAAAGAGCCGGGGCGCUUUGGCUGGCUCUGGGAGCCGGCUCACCCGCAACCGAGAUCUUCUGCUUCCGCGUCCGCCCGUGGUUCGGGCAUCCCUGAGCCAGCUACGCCGCCUCGCAGUCGGACGGACUGGAGGGCGGAGGGACCGCCAGGAUGAUGCAGCUGAGAGUCGCGCGCUGGAGCGCCACUUCGAUAGCAUUGCCACCAUCGGGGGGAAGCGCAUUCAGCCCCCCACGAAGCUUUGGGAAAGUCGCGAGGGAGGGACCUUGUGGCUAUCUGGCAUGCCCACGGCCGAGACCUUGCAUGCUUAUCCGAGGUGUGACCUCCAGCUUUCUUGGCUGACCGAGUCCCUCACUUCCCGCGGCGGUGCGAUCAUUCCUGGAGCUUUGCAGAUGCAGGUGGCAAUCACCGACGCUCGAUCCAGGGACAGGCAAUGGAAGGAGUGCCGGCCCGUCAUUCGCCAGACUCUUGUGAGUGGAGGCUCCGUCUUGGGACAUUGCGUUGCGGGACGGCACCGUGCUGCGACUGGUCAAGCGCUGCUUCUCGCCUUGCUCACCGACGUCCCCUUUGAACAGGCUCAGGCCACAGUGGGCACCAUUGCGCAAUGGGUCCGUCACAUCCGCCGUACGGCGGUGGUUGGAGUGCGCUGGCCGAUAUGGCACAGUUUUCAGCCCGAGGAGAGCACAGACCUUAGCGAUCAGGCGGAGUUACCGUCGGUUUCUCCAGCCAUGGCUUCCUUUAGUCUUGUGCCGAGGGACGGUGCAGACUUUCGUGCGACUAUGGAGUCAUUGCAGUUGAAUUUUGAGUUUUCCGAUGAUGUGCUCGAGGCGUUGGUCAAGCAGAAGAUCAAGAAUCUCGAAGAAUUUCGCUACUUCUUCGAAUCAGAAGGGGAGAUAGGCCUCUGGGUCCAGAAGCUGUCUUUAGGAGACCAGCAGCCGCUGCAAACGGCCCGCCUGCGCCGUACUUGGGCGGCCGUUAAGGUCUUCUUCCAGCAUGCCGACGCAGGCCGGGUCCGGAUCUCAGAGGCGGAUCUGGAUGAUCUUCUUGAUGACAGUGCCUUGCGCGACAUGAAGCAGCAGUUUUGGCGGCGUUACAAAACCAGGUUCCCUCCGGAACUGUAUCCAUCAGACGCCACGCUCUCGCGAGUGACGCGAGAGCUCAACAAAAGAAUGCUGUGCGUGUUCAGCGUCUGGAAGGUCAAGAGUCUCCAGUUUCAGCUUCUGAGCACUAGCAAGAAGCGCAAGCUUAGGGAUAACUUGUACACCGAGGAUCAAGACCAGGACGAGGUGAUCCCUCGCGACUGCGAGUCCUACCUUGACCGCUUGCAGAUUCUCCUCACAGCAUAUGCGCUGGCUGGGGUCCAGCCCGUGGCGGGUUCUCCCCCCGCUAACGGGGAGAACACGGUGGGGUCCGAUACCACGCAGUUCGUGCAUGCACCCUUGGACGUGCUCAUGGAGUACUUCCAUCGAGCGAAAAGGUCGGUCUCGCAGGUGCAAGGGCCUAAGAAACUGUCCUGGCUUCAGCACAAAGACACCGAAGAGCGGGCAGUCUGGGUGUCCAAGUUCAGGGAGUCCACCAAGACGCUCGGUGCCGUGGUGCGCGAGGUGCUCGACCUGCGCGAUGCGCACUGGAUACCGGUGCAAGCGGGCUCCGCAAGCGAGGCUUUGUCCGCUUCCCCAGCGAAGCCCCCACAGGGCUCCUGCAUCGCCCAGAUCAAUCCCUGUUAUGGCGGAUCUCUUUCCCGGCAAUCAAGCUUGGCGGCACAGCUCCAGCAGGUCGAUUUCAUAGCGGCAGCUUUCGACUGCUCCACCAAGAGUCGUGCGCGGGACAUCCCGCGCUCCUUUGAGGAUGGCAGGCCGGCACCUAGGCCGCUUCGAUCUGCAUCAUGCCCAGAGGGACUGGGUGGGCUUAGCAAGGCUGAGCAGGAGCGAGUGGACAAAGACAACCGAGCAUGUUCCUUUGUCCUCGAUGCUAUUCAGCACGCGGCCGAGAAGGGCGUCGGGUCAGUGCGCGAGAAUCCAGCCAACAGCUUGCGUUGGCUUCUCCCCCAGGAGGUGCAGUCUUUCCAGUCGGGCUUGUGGCAAGACAAACACUAUGAUGCGUGCUGUUGGGGUGGAGCUCGCUACAAGCGCCAGCGACACAAUUUGCAAGAAAUCGCAGACUGGCCGGCGAUUCAGUGCCACCACAUCCAUGGUAAAGGCGAGUGGGACCCUCAGUCCGUGGAUGGCAAGCACUGGUUCCCGUCGCAGGAGGAAGCAGAAUACACAGCCCCGCUUGCGUUUGCGAUUGCAGUGUCAGCCUCGUGGUGGGCUGCCCGAGUGGGCCGUGCUAAGCUGGCUGUCCCAAGGAUGCCGGUCCCGGGCUGUGUUGGUCGGCGGGAAGCGUGGACUAGCUUCGAUCCGCGAGCACUGCGGGCCUGGGUGAUGGCACCUUUGGCUAUCUCCCUUGGCUUGACCCCGAGGAGGACGAAUCGAAUCCCACAACGCAGGGCAGUGGCAGAGAUCCAGUGUGAGGACGGUUUGCUACCACCAGGGGCCAUCUACAUUACCAUUCACACCGCCUGCCACGCACCAAAUGGGCAGCCCCCAUGGUGGCGGGACAACUUGGGAGACCAGCUCCCAGAACUCUUUGGGAAGACCUUGGUGGUGGAUGAGAUCACCGCCUGGCCGUCGGAAGGUGAUGCCCUUGCCGGGCUCGUCUUUGAGGAGCUGUCGGACAGGAACAGGGAAGCCACGCCAUUGCAACGGAAGCCGCCGCAUAAGAAGCGCAGGAGUAGCCAGAUUGGUCGUCCACUCCGUGCGCUCGGGUUGGCAGUGGCUCCGUUGGCGGAUGCAUCCCAAAUUUUCUCCUGUUACUUGCGGCAAGAAGAUGUUUUUGGGGCAGUCUGCAAGCUUUUUCCGGCAGAAUGGUUGGAAGGAGUUACCUUCCCGUUCCUUGAAGACUUGAUCAACGCUCCACCGUUUGAUUUGUACACAAGGUGGCUGCGAGACUCGGGAGCUGAUUGGACAGGGCCCUGCGGGCCUACUUUGGCUCCCCAGUCGGCCCGUAUCUUCCAGCGUGCUGCGGGACAGCAGGCGGGAGCUCUAAGCCAGAGGGCAGCCUUGCCUCCUCUUCUGUCCUUUGGAUUAUCAGAAGUGGACCACUUCUGCCAUUCUCUUGCGCGCCUUCACGAACCAGUCCCUACGGAGCGCGAGCCCAUCUUGGACCCCGACCUCCGCUUCGCCGCCGACUUCACAGCAGCCAAUCGAACAAGCUUGCGAUCCCUGCGCCAGCAUGCGAUCGGUGCAGUCCGUGAGCUCAAGCGCAGGUGGGCCCCAGUCGAUGUCGCCCUGCGGCGCUUCCCCUCCCUACGCCGUGUGACGGUGAUGGGUGACUGGCGGGCCCACAAUGCCCGGAUGCUUUCCAGGAUCGGACCGUCCAAGGACGAUGUUUUCUUGUUGCAGCAAUCCACCAAGGAUCAUGAGGCUGGAUUUUGCUCCCCGCCUCUCACUAAGGCCGCGCUGUUGCGUCGACUCAAGGGGCGCCCGUACCGCCUCAUCCCACGCUGCGUAAUUACUCAGUCCUCUGGUAAACAGCGCAUCAUUGACAACGCGGACGCGGGUGGCCAAUCUGAGACGUCCCAUGACUCCAACAAGCUUGUCCUUUGCAGUGCCUUGCGCCCGGGUCAGCACGCGCCGGCCAUUGUGGCUCGAGUUCCCCCGGAAGACCUCGAGGAGGCCAAAGAGAGUGACUCUUUGGAAUCUGGGGGGGAAGACUGGCCUGAUGCUUAUCGGCAUUGCCCAAUGAGCGAAGAGGAGUCCCUGGCUUGCUUGGUGGUAUGGUGGCACCACGAAUGGCAAGCACCCGCCUACCAGAUCUAUGCCGGGCUCCUAUUUGGGCUCCCGCUGGCAGUUACAUCUUUCAACCGCUAUAGUCGUUUCUCCGAAGCAGCCUCUCGGAGGCUUGCCCUUACAGUGGCUUCCUCCUACUUCGACGAUUUCAACCUGCUCGAUUGGGCAUCGUCCAAAGGCUCGGGCCAGUGGGCUGUUGGGUCAAUCAACACUCUGUUAGGGACGCCGUUCGCCGCAGAAAAGCGGCAGCCUAUGUCGGCACAUGGCACGUUCCUGGGGCUGGAUCAUGACUUAUCCGAGGCCCUUUCCCAAGGUUUCGUCACCUUUUGGGCGAGAGAGCGCCUAUUCGACAAGAUGGCUGACCUUAUCGAGCAGGCUACCUCUUCCGGCUCCCUGCGAGCGGGCCUCGCCUCCAAGAUGUUCGGUCUUAUGAACUUCUUGGAGCAAGGGAUGUAUGGCCGGGUUGGGCUCACGGAAGAGAUCCGUGCAUGCUUUCGCCUGAUUUCGGCAAUUCUCCGGCUCCGCCCUCAGCGCCAAUUCUGGAUCAUGCGGCCGCGGAUCCAACGCUUCAUAGCUGCGAGUGACGCAGCCGAAGAAGCACCUCUUUGUGGAUCAGGCGGAUUCCUGAUCGUCUGGCAACACCUAAAGGGUCAGCUGCGCGAAGGGUUUGUCGCAGAGUCGCCAGCUAGCCUGUACCCCCUUUGGGGUCCAGGCGAGAAGAAAAUUGCGCAACUAGAAUUGAGCAUGGUCCUCUAUGCCCUGGUCUCUCGACCCAGCCAGUUCAGAUCCAGGAGGGGUGUAUGGUACAUCGACAACACCGCGGCUCUCAUGAGCCUCAUACGUGGUCGAUCAGACAACGCGGACCUCUCUCGCCUAGCCCAAUUGAUCCCUCUUUGCCUUUUCUGCUUCAAGACAUGGGCCUACUGGGAAUGGGUUCCGUCCAAAUCCAACUGGAGUGACUCCAUUAGCCGCGAGGGCGCGGAUGAUGUGUGGCAUCAGUCGCACCUGUUUUCCACCUUUCGUGCUCAUUUCCCUCAUGAGCUGUGGGCGCUGCCGCUGGAGGCGGUAGUGGUAGUCCUGGAGUUUCUCUAG